UUUCUCUAAUCCAACGGCUCAAAUUCUCCCAUAAUAAUAUCUUUCGCUAAUGCUCUAUUAUCGUGUCUCUAUCUCUACGAAUUUUUGCAGAUAAAAAACGCUAACUAAAACGAACAUAUAAAUCAUCUAUUUUUAAUUUAUAUUUUGAAAAAAAGAUUAUUCCUGAUUUUUUUAGGUUUCCGGCAAUGUUAUCUACUGAAUUUCUACGACCGGCGACGAUAACAUUCCACGGUAAAUUCAGCACAAAUUCUUACUCUAAUCUUCUUUAUCUACAUGGAUUAAACUUCAAAGCCAUUCGGUUUAGGGUUUUGCAACAAAAAACGAACCGUUUCUUCCCCAAUUCUAUCACUUCCACCCUAAAGAACGUCGCCGUUGUGGGAAACCACGAGAGAUUAAAUCUUUACGGAAGAGGUAAAUUAAGGUUCAAAGAGAGCAAAAUUUUGGCUAAUUGUACGGACAGCAGCGAUUCGAAGGCGAGCUCCGGCGAGAAAAAUGAAAGCGAAGGUGGGCAAGGAGUGACGCAGAAACAGAGUCCGUCAAAUUCGGGGGGUUCGACCAAUCAGAGAGGAGAAAAGGGUGGAAGAAGCGGGUUGUGGAGGUCCAAAGGAAAGAAAUGGCAGUGGCAACCGAUAGUUCAAGCUCAAGAAAUUGGUGUUUUGCUUUUACAGUUGGGUGUUGUUAUGUUCGUUAUGCGACUGCUCCGACCCGGGAUUCCGUUGCCCGGGUCCGAGCCUAGGAUCCCGACGACUUUUGUCAGCGUUCCUUACAGCGAGUUUUUGAAUAAGAUUAAUAGUAAUCAGGUUCAAAAGGUGGAGGUUGAUGGAGUUCAUGUAAUGUUCAAACUGAAGAACGAAGGGAGCGUUCAAGAGAGUGAAAUUGGUAAGUUUCAGGAGUCGGAGUCCUUGUUGAGGAGUGUGGCGCCUACAAAGCGAAUUGUAUAUACAACAACUCGGCCUAGUGAUAUUAAGACUCCAUAUGAGAAGAUGCUGGAAAACGAUGUGGAGUUCGGGUCUCCCGAUAAGCGAUCUGGUGGAUUCUUCAACUCUGCAUUGAUAGCUUUGUUCUAUGUUGCUGGUCUUGCGGGACUUCUCCAUCGGUUCCCUGUGAAUUUUUCUCAGCAUACAGCUGGUCAGAUUAGGAAUCGCAAGACAAGGAGUUCUGGGGGUUCAAAAGCCUCUGAACAAGGUGAAACAAUAACUUUCGCUGAUGUGGCUGGUGUUGAUGAGGCAAAGGAGGAACUUGAAGAAAUUGUGGAAUUUCUUAGGAAUCCAGACAGGUAUAUACGGCUUGGUGCUCGUCCUCCACGAGGAGUUCUCCUGGUGGGUCUUCCUGGGACAGGCAAGACUCUUCUAGCAAAAGCUGUGGCUGGUGAGGCAGAAGUUCCAUUCAUAAGUUGUUCUGCAAGUGAGUUUGUAGAGUUGUAUGUUGGCAUGGGUGCAUCACGAGUUAGAGAUCUCUUUGCACGAGCUAAGAAGGAGGCACCAUCAAUAAUUUUUAUUGAUGAGAUAGAUGCCGUGGCUAAAAGUCGCGAUGGUAAAUUUCGCAUUGUUAGCAAUGACGAACGGGAGCAAACUUUGAACCAAUUACUCACUGAGAUGGAUGGAUUUGACAGCAAUUCCGCUGUGAUUGUUCUUGGAGCUACAAACCGUUCUGAUGUCUUGGAUCCUGCCCUUCGUCGACCAGGGAGAUUUGAUCGUAUUGUUAUGGUAGAGACUCCUGACAGGAUUGGAAGAGAAGCUAUUAUAAAAGUGCAUGCCUCCAAGAAGGAACUUCCCCUUGGAGAUGAUGUUGAUCUUGGUGACAUUGCCUCUAUGACUACUGGUUUUACUGGGGCUGAUCUUGCAAAUCUGGUAAAUGAAGCAGCCUUACUCGCUGGAAGAAAUAAUAAAGUUGUUGUAGAGAGGAUUGAUUUCAUUCAGGCAGUAGAACGAUCAAUAGCUGGCAUAGAGAAGAAAACUGCCAAAUUGAAGGGAUGUGAGAAGGCUGUGGUUGCAAGGCAUGAAGCUGGCCAUGCAGUAGUAGGUACAGCUGUUGCAAACCUUCUUCAUGGACAGCCACGUGUUGAGAAACUGAGCAUACUGCCAAGAUCUGGAGGAGCAUUGGGCUUUACUUAUAUUCCUCCUACCAAUGAGGACAGAUAUUUACUCUUCAUUGAUGAGUUACGUGGCCGUUUGGUUACUCUUCUUGGUGGACGUGCUGCAGAGGAAGUUAUCUAUUCAGGUCGUGUUUCUACUGGUGCACUUGAUGAUAUUAGGCGGGCGACAGACAUGGCAUUCAAGGCAGUAGCUGAAUAUGGUCUUAAUCAGACUAUAGGGCCUCUCUCUUUAGCUACGGUUUCUGGUGGAGGCAUGGAUGAAUCCGGGGGUGGAGUUCCUUGGGGACGAGAUCAGGGACAUCUAGUUGAUCUUGUCCAAGGAGAGGUGAAGGCAUUACUACAGUCUGCCCAUGAAGUAGCCCUUUCUGUUGUACGUGCUAAUCCAACUGUUUUGGAAGGGCUUGGUGCUCACCUGGAAGAUAACAUUCACACUCUUCAAACGGGUUAAUUUUUGUUGUGAAGUCAAUAUUCUGCAUCUUUAAAAAGGGGAAAGGAGAUCACUCUUUACUUCAUACUAUGGUCUAAUGCUUCGCUUUAUUCAGAAAAUGAGAAAGUAGAAGGUGAAGAGCUACAAAAAUGGUUGAAAUUGGUUGUUGCACCAAAGGAACUAAUCAUCUUCGUUGAAGGCAAGCAAGAGUCUCUUCUGCCGGUUCAAGCGGGCUCUGGAUAAGUGUUUUGCUCAUUGCUUGUCAACAUUGAGCAUUGCAUUGAACCAACCGACUAUAUCUUUCUUUGCACCUUGUCAAUGACCAUGCUGUGGCUACCGGCAUCAAAGCUCCCUUGCGCUUUUUUUUUUUGCAUAUUUCAGCAAGGUGAGUCCUGGCUUUAGUAUUAACACUACGAAGUCUUCUCAUUAUUUUAUUCUCACUACACUUACCAGAGGAAACAUAGAGAAGGAAAUGGUGAAGCUGAAUAUUUAUUUCCCGAAAAAUCCUUCAAGCUUGUCUUCCCGUUCUUGAUAUUAUGGUGAUAAGUUCAGGUUGGUCUCCGUCUGUUCUGUUGUACAUUGGCUAUUAUUUUUAUCAGUCAUAACGGGUGGAGUUUUAACAGUAAUUGAGUUGUACACAUAAUUAUUAUGUGAAAUAUAAUAUAAGAUUAUUGCACAUAAUAAUGUUGGGUUAAAAAAUGUGUCUUCAGAAGAACAUUGUACAUAUAGUAUGCUGUAGAAAAUACAUGCUGUUAAUAAUAGUUUCCCAAAAUGGAACUAAA